UAGUAAACGUGUCCGGGAGACAGCGACCGUCGUAAAAGGUCGCGGUGGACUCUCCCUACGGUACAGAGACUUGUGGCUUUAUGGUGCCAAGCGGUGCUUAGGCGGGAGAUGUCGGCUGCGGGUGGGGUGGAUCCCCCGGGUCCUCCCAGCAGCUUUGCGAAGCGGGUCCUGGUGACCGGGGGUGCUGGUUUCAUCGCAUCGCAUGUGAUUGUCUCUUUAGUAGAAGAUUAUCCAAAUUAUAUGAUCAUAAAUCUAGACAAGCUGGAUUACUGUGCAAGCUUGAAGAAUCUUGAAACCAUUUCUAACAAACAAAACUACAAAUUUGUACAGGGCGACAUAUGUGACCCUCCCUUUGUGAAGCUGCUGUUUGAAACGGAGAAAAUAGACAUGGUCCUGCACUUUGCGGCGCAGACACAUGUAGAUCUUUCAUUUGUACGUGCCUUCGAGUUUACCUACGUUAAUGUUUACGGCACUCACGUUUUGGUAAGUGCCGCUCAUGAAGCCGGAGUGGAGAAGUUCAUCUACGUCAGCACAGAUGAAGUGUACGGAGGCAGCCUUGACAAGGAAUUUGAUGAAUCUUCACCCAAACAACCAACAAAUCCUUAUGCAUCCUCUAAAGCAGCUGCUGAGUGCUUUGUACAGUCUUACUGGGAACGAUAUAAGUUUCCAGUUGUCAUCACAAGAAGCAGCAAUGUUUAUGGACCACAUCAGUACCCAGAAAAGGUUAUUCCAAAAUUUAUAUCUUUACUACAACACAACAGGAAAUGCUGCAUUCAUGGAUCAGGGCUUCAAACAAGGAAUUUUCUUUAUGCUACCGAUGUCGUUGAAGCAUUUCUCACUGUCCUCAAAAAGGGGCAGCCCGGUGAGAUUUACAACAUCGGGACCAACUUCGAGAUGUCGGUGCUGCAGCUGGCCAAGGAGCUCAUCCAGCUGAUCAAAGAGACCAAGUCGGAGUCUGAAAUGGAAAGCUGGGUUGAUUAUGUCAGUGACAGACCUACGAAUGACAUGAGAUAUCCAAUGAAGUCAGAGAAAAUACACGGCUUAGGAUGGAGACCCAAAGUGCCUUGGGAAGAAGGAAUAAAGAAAACGAUUGAAUGGUACAGAGAGAAUUUCCACAACUGGAAGAACGCGGAAAAGGCGUUAGAACCCUUCCCAGCACAGCCGCCGUUUGUAUAGACAGGACAGUUUUUGGAAAAGGAAGAACAUCACCCUACCUCAACAAGAGAUACGAAAUCAAGCGACCAAAUGAAGUGUCUUGUUUUCAUUUGGAAUCAGAUUCAUGACUUUUUGCAUAAAAUUCAAAAUUUUUAUCAAUCUUGAGAAGAGUUUCAGUAUUAGCAUAGGAUUUAAAUAUCAAAAUUCUUUCAGAAGCCUUUUCCAAAUUAGGGACCAGAAGGCACAGACAGAGCCCUGCACCCGGUGAGCCGGGGAAGAGGGCCCCGGAUCUGGGAGCAAGGACGCCAGAGCUCUGGGUGGCCGACAGCUUUGCCUUUGGUGACUCAGCCAGCAGCCCAGUCUCUCCCACUGCCGGAAAAGACUGAGGUCUUCACGGACAAAAUAGUGUGCCCUGAUUCAUCUUUUUUUUUGAAGAUAUGCUCUUGUACUACAUGAGGUUUGAAAAUGGAACAAAAUGGAAGCACUUUUUAACUUUGGGUAAUUUUGCAAUAUUAAGUUAAAUGUUUUUUAGAACAAAGGUGAAGUUUUUAUAUUUUCAAAAUCAAUCAUUGAACUCUGUAUAAGUAACCACAUACUGGAAAUUGUAUUACGUACUUAGUGUUUAUAAUGAUUUUAUUUAUAAAAUGACCAAUAUUUUAAUGUAUUUAAUAUAGAGCCUGUUUUUUAGUAAUGUAUGUCUUUAUUUUGCUGUAGAAAAAUUUUAAAAUACUUGAUCAUGUAUUUUUAAUUUGUCUCUCCUCUAAAGACCUUAAGAUGAUUUGAAAAAUGUAACUGAUUGGAUAUUACAUUGAAAAAUGGAAAAGAGUCAAAAACUACGCCCGACUCUC